AUGGGAAGCAUCAUUGGAACCAUGGGGUGCAGCAGUUCUAUAGCCAACAGAACAUCAGAGAAUGUCAUUAGAUCUGCUGUCCUCAUCCAGAAUUGGUACCGCUUCAGAAUGGCCCGGCUAGAGAUGAGGCGGCGCUAUUCUCUGAGUAUCUUUCAGUCAAUUGAAUAUGCUGAUGAGCAAGAUCAGCUACAGCUAUCCAACUUUUUUACAUUCAUGCUGGAUCACUGUACUCCAACCGAUGCAGUUUCUGAAACUUUUGCCAGGCCUAAUGUUUCUGAUCUGGUAGAAGAAGGCUUAAGUUUAACAGAAUUUGAAAAGAAGAUUGAUGUUCCAGACUCUUAUUAUGGACCCCGACUCUCUUUCCCCCUUACUAUUAAUGAUGCCAAUGCUCUUCUUCAUGCUUUCAAGAGUGAACAACUUCUUCAUGCCCGUUAUGUACUGCAGCUGCUAUAUGAAACUAGGAGGGUUCUCAAGGAGAUGCCAAAUAUCACCCGUAUUUCAACUUCCUACUCCAAGGAGAUAACUGUCUGUGGAGAUUUGCAUGGAAACUUGGAUGAUCUUUUGCUGAUAUUCUAUAAGAAUGGUCUGCCUUCAGAACAAAAUCCUUACAUAUUUAACGGUGAUUUUGUUGACAGAGGGAAAAAUUCUAUGGAAAUUCUUAUAAUCCUGUUUGCAUUUCUUCUCAUCUACCCCAAUAAUUUACACUUGAAUAGAGGAAACCAUGAAGACUACAUCAUGAACCUGAGAUAUGGCUUCACAAAGGAAGUUUCGAGGAAGUACAAGGACCAUGGGGAUCAGAUUUUGUGUCUUCUGCAAGAUGUCUUUAGCUGGCUUCCCCUUGCCACUAUAAUUAAUAACAAAGUUCUUAUCCUGCAUGGAGGGAUUUCAGACACCACAGAUUUGGAUUUCCUGAAUGCACUUGAGAGAAAUAAGGUGAAAUCUUUGCUGCAGCCUCCAAAGUCAGUAAGAGUCAGACAAGACAAAGUGAAGGAGAGCAUUCCUACAACCAGACCCAGUAAAAAGAUUGCCAGCCAGAAUCUUGCACAGAAAACACAACACAUCUCUUCGUCAGGCUCCACUAGGCCUUCAGGCUCAAAUUUGUCUUCAGACCCUUCUGAGAAGGAAUGGAAACAAAUCCUUGACAUUCUCUGGAGUGACCCAAGAAGCCAAAAGGGCUGUACACCAAACAAGAGACGAGGAGGAGGUUGUUACUUUGGUCCUGAUGUCACUGCCAACCUGUUUAAAAAGUAUAAUCUGAAGAUGCUCAUCAGGUCUCAUGAAUUUAAGCCAGAAGGUUAUGAUAUCAGUCACAAUGGGAAGGUUAUCACUAUAUUUUCUGCCUCUAACUAUUAUGAAGAGGGGAGCAACCGGGGAGCGUACAUCAAACUGAAUCCUGAACUGAUUCCUCGGUUUGUUCAGUAUCAAGUCAGCGAGCACACACAGAGGAAGAAUCUUCACAACAGGGUGGGUACAAUUGAAUCAUCUGCCUUGAAGUCCUUACGAGAGCAAAUUUAUGCCUACAAGCCUGAACUUACUAGUGCUUUUGCACAGUAUGACCUCAACGGCACAGGCAGGAUUUCUGUCCAUGACUGGGCUGCUGCAAUGGAGUCUGUCCUACAGCUGGGACUGCCCUGGAGGAUGCUGCGCUCUCAGUUAGUACAGCUGACCCCAGAUGGAGAAGUUGACUUCAUGUCAUGUUUUUAUGAUCUGAAAAUAAGUCAACCUGUAAAGGAGGUUCAGCCAGCUUUGGUGGAGACACUGUGCAGAUACAGAAAGGAUCUGGAGCUCAUCUUUAAUAUAAUUGACAAAGAUCACUCAGGUCUGAUUUCCCUUGAGGAGUUUCGCCACACAUGGAAAUUCUUCACUUCUCACCUGGGCAUUGAUGUAACUGAUGAGUCUCUUGCCAAGUUAGUCCUCAGCAUAGACUACAACAAAGAUGGCUACAUUGACUUCAAUGAGUUUUUAGAGGCCUUUCAUGUGGUUCAUAGACUAGAGAGAAAGGCAAACUCAUGAAAAAGAAGACCUUGUGGCCUACCAUAGCAGUUCACACUCCCAUUGAAAUCAUAAGCAGUCUGGGAAUCUGGUAAUAAAU